AAUAGAUAGUUCUCAAAAUAUUAAAUUGAUAUUAAAUUGACGUGCCUUUCGAAACGGAAGAGAAGGCCGACCAUCCCUACGCUAGGCUCAGAAACGGAAGAGAAGGCCAAGCUGACUUCGCCCUGGCCGUUCGCUCCGCCAACUCCGGUACAACAUCGCAAGUAAUUUCCUGGCUCGCCAAGCUCCCACCUCAGCUAUUCAGUUGCAGUGGCCAAGCUUCCGACCGCUCGAGCAGUCGAGCCCAACGGCUGAAGUGCCAAUCCUAUUGUUGCCCUAGCCGCUCGCUCCUACUCUGUUACCAGGCGAAUUAAAGUAGCAGAUAAUCUAAUUUCCCAAACACCCCUGAAUUGGAGGUGAUGGAUGAGGAAUCCGCCGCUCAACACGACCCAUCUCCGCCAAAUUCAUACGCUGCGGUUGUCAUCGGCGGUACUUUCGAUCGCUUACACGACGGCCACCGCGUCUUUCUCAAGGCUGCAGCACUGUUGUCGCGAGAGCGAAUAGUAGUUGGUGUUUGUGAUGGCCCAAUGUUGACAAAGAAGAAGUACGCCGAUCUAAUUGAGCCGAUUCAAUUACGAAUGCAAAAUGUUGAGGACUACAUUAAGAGCAUCAAGCCUGAGCUGGUUGUACAAGUCGAACCAAUUGUUGAUCCUUAUGGUCCUUCAGUCAUUGAUGAGAAUUUGGAGGCUAUUGUAGUCAGCAAGGAGACACUACCCGGAGGUUUCUCUGUCAAUAAGAAGAGGACCGAGAGAGGUCUCUCACAACUCAAGAUUGAAGUUGUGGAUUUGCUCUUCAAAGAAUCGAGUUUAGACAAACUGAGUUCCACUGCUUUAAGAGAAGUAGAAGCCAAGAAGCUCAGGUUAACUCAUACAGAUGGUUAGAUAUAAAGUUGUAUUGUUCUCAAGGUGAAUUGUGUGUUAUCACUUAUUAGACAUUCUGUUGCCUUCCCAAUUAUAGUGGUGGAAUGGAUGGUUAUGCUUGUUACUUUAUUUUGUUUCAAAUCAUAAAUGUGUAACUAGACUUCUUUUACAUUUUUUGCUCAGUCCUUGUUUCUCUUGAUAUAUACGUAAGAUUUUAAUGUGGGUAGUUUC